ACAUAAAUUAUAAAUAAAUUUUUUUAAGGGAAUAUCUUAUCAUACUUGAGAAUGUCUACUAAAAAGUUAACACAGUAUCAAAUUGAAUAUGGAUAUGGACACAGUUCUAGUUAAAGUAAAACAUGGGGAAUUACGUGGAAAACGUCAGAAAAAUUAUAAAAAUGGAAGUUUUUAUAGUUUCUUUGGAAUUCCGUAUGCUACACCUCCACUCGGAAAUUUAAGAUUUAAGCCCCCUCAACCUCUCAAUCCAUGGAAAGGAAUUUUAGAUGUAACAGAAGAAAAGGAAGGUUGUUUUGCACCUAAUAUUUAUACAAAAAAAAUUGAAGGCACUGAAGAUUGUUUACAUCUAAAUGUUUAUACUCCAGAGGUUAAUACUGGAAACAAAAAAUUAAAACCAGUUAUAGUUUUCAUUUAUGGUGGAGCUUUUUUAGUAGGAAAUACUAAAACAGAAAUUUUUGGUCCAGAAUUUUUAUUAACUCAAGAUGUAGUUCUCGUAUUAAUUUCUUAUAGGCUCGGAGCUUUAGGUUGGUCACGCCUUGAAGAUGGUUCCUUAGGAAUCCCAGGCAAUCAAGGGCUUCGAGACAUCAUCAUGGGUUUAAAUUGGGUUCAAUAUAACAUCGAAUCAUUUUCGGGUAAUCCAAGAAACGUUACAGUGUUUGGAGAGAGUGCAGGGGCUCUUCUCGCUCACAUCCUUAUGUUUGUGCCAUCAUGUGAAGGGCUUUUCCAUAAAAUAAUUCUUCACAGUACAACGGCUCUCCUUCAUUAUUCUUUCGGUCGAAACGACUCCAUGAAACUGUUGGCAGAAAAAUUGGGUUGCACCUCAGAAAAUGAUAAAGAUAUUUUAGAAUUUUUACAAAAACAACCUGUUGAGAAAAUUUUUGAAGGGCAAAUGAUGGUUAAAUACUCCAUAAUAUCGAAUGCAGCAAGACCGUUUUACCCCAUUUUUGAAAAUGGUGAUAAUAUAGAGGAAAAAAUAAUAUUUGGAGAUUAUAAUGAACGCAUAAAAAAGGGUGAAUACAUAAAAGUUCCUAUGAUUAUUGGAUACACAUCAGAUGAAGGACUAUUUUUUGACAAUUUAAUCCGAAGACAAUUAAAACGUAAUGAAAACCCGAUUCUAAUAAAAGAUUUUGAAGAUAUGGUGCCAUUUAAAUUAGAGUUUAAAAAGGGAAGUCCAGAAUCAUUAAAGAUCGCUGAAAAGACGAAGAUGUUUUAUUUUAACGGACGAAAUCCAACGUUACAAGAUCGCAAACAAUUUUAUAGAUUAUUUUCAGAGAGUCGUUUUAACUCUCUUAUUCAAACCACGGCUAAAAAACAUUUUGAAACUUUACAAAAUCCCAUCUAUUUCUUUAAAUUCGCCUUCGACGGGAAAUUAAAUUUAUAUAAAAAACUGCAAGGUGUCGAUUUCCCCGGAGCUUCUCAUUCCGAUGAGUUGUGUUAUUUAUUUAAGAUGUCCAAAAAUCCGCCGGUUGAAGCAAACAGUUACGAAGAUAAGACGAUUCAAAGAAUGGUUAAGUUAUGGACUAAUUUUGCUAAGAACGGAAAUCCGAAUAAUCUUGAAGGCGAAAAUGGUUUCAUUGAUAUUGAAUGGAAACCAAUUGAAAAGAACAAGCUACAUUUUCUUAAUAUUGGAGAUGAUUUAACUGUUGGGAUUAAUCCUGAUAAAGAAGGUGCCGAGUUUUGGGAAGAAAUAUUUAAUAUGAAACCGAUAUCUAAACUGUAA